AUGGGCCACGCCGUCAGCCGCAAAACGUCCCAGGCGAGGAAGCGGGAGGCAAGGAUGAACACUAACGAGGCACCGUUGCUCAUCACGGCUGAAAGGGGUGCGCCGGUGGCCACUGCGGCGCACGAGAAGCAGCGCGAGGUCGACUCCCAGGAGGGUCUCACAGAGGAAAUGAUCGAAGGGCUGACGCGUAGCAGUGUCGGCAGCACUCACAGCAAGGCAAAGGACACGGUCAAGGACUGGAUCACAGCGGCAAACUACUUCGCGAAACACAACACCGACGCCUUGAAUCAGCACGAGGAAAGCAUGCGCGCCCUCGCUACUAUGCAGACUGCGAAGCACGAGCUCCGGAGCUUUAGAAAGCCGGAUCUCCGUGCUUCCUCUAGGCCCAAUGACUUGAGGAACCAUGUUGCGAUCGAUAUCACAAGGUAG